UAUAAUCCAUCAAUCCACAAGUGAGACGGAAAUGCAACUCGGAGGCGCGGCAAGGAAGGUCUACCACCGGCAUUGCUUUUCCGAUCAGUUUUAAGCUCCCCACUUUCUGGUACCUUUCUUCGUCCUAUGCGUAUGUGUCUAAUUUGCUUACAUAAAUGUCAAAUAGCUGCAGAAGUGAUCAUCUUACUCCCUUAAACGGGGAGGAACUUAGUACAAGGCGUAGGAGAGAGCAGCAUAGAAAAGAGAAGGACGUUUUACAAAGUUCUCAAUCCCAAAGCAUUCAACCAAUCCAGAUGCUAGAACAAUGUGAGAAGUCAAAAUCAGAAGCUCAUGCAGAAGAUAAGAAACACAUUCAGAGGUUGGAAAAAGAGCUUCUGAACUGUUCUCAAGAAAUAGAUUAUCUUCAGGAUCAACUCAGUGCAAGGAAUGCAGAGGUGAACUAUCUGGAAGAGCAUAUUCACAACCUUGAAUUGAAAUUAGAGGGGAUGGAAGAUUUACAAGAGGAGGUUUUCAGAUUAAGGGAGGAGCUGAAAAGAUCUGAGUCAAAGCAAUUUUCCUUGAUCCAGGAACUAGAUACUAAAGAAAAAGAAUUAGAGAAGUCAGCUUUGUCCAUAGAGAAACUAGAGGAAUCAUUUUCAUCCAUAACAUUAGAGUCUCAGUUUGAAGUAGAGAGCAUGAAGCUUGAUAUGAUGGUCUUGGAACAGAGUCUUUUCGAGGCCAAGAAAAUCCAGGAUGAAACUCUAGAUGAAAAUAAUAGAAUGAGUAGAUCAAUUGAGGAGCUCCAGGUAGCAUUGCAGGAUGCCCAAAAAAUUAUCAUCACUCUAAAUGAAGAAAUUAGGGAACUUGAAGAGAAGCUUGAUACUGCCAACCAAAACUCUAGAAUUUCUUCUCAAAAGGAUGAAUACUGGCUGGAAAACAAGGACAGAUCACAACUCGAGACUCAAUCUUCCUUGAAUGUGCGAGGCAACAACUCUACCAUGCAGGAGGACAUAAGCACUUAUGAAGUAUGUGGUCCACAUGUUGGAAGAUUGGCAAUGAUCUUAGAUCCAGCUGCAGAUUUAAAAGGGAAGAUGGAGAUGUCACAACAGAUCCAAGAAUAUGAAUGUCUUAUCAAGAAACUUAAGGAAGAAUUAAGAGAGGAAAAGUUGAAGGCAAAAGAAGAAGCAGAGGACUUAGUUCAGGAAAUGGCAGAGCUAAGAUACCAAUUUACCGGUUCCCUAGAGGAAGAAUGUAAGCGCCGUGCUUGCUUUGAACAUGCAUCCUUGCAAAGAAUUGCCGAGUUAGAGGCUCAGCUUAAAAGAGAGCAUAAAAACCCGUAAUUGAUGUCAGGCAUCUCCAUGAAACAGAGGCCGGCACUGUUCUAAGUUGUUCAGGUUCAGCAGUAGAGAAUGACCUCAAAGGUUUGUAUUGAUGUAUCUCAAAAAGUUGCCCUCUCAGCAGUUUGCUACAUACUUAUGUCAUUACAGUGGAACUUCAAAUUCAAAAUGUCUGUUGGAUUGACAUCAGAGUCCUUUAUCUCUUGUAUCUCUAACCUUUGACCCGAUUCCCUUGGGCACUGAAGAGAGAGUUUUGUGUAGUUCUCAGGCCUUAUAGCACAUAGUACACAGUACCAGAAAUCAGUUGAGGAAAAGUUUUAAUGUCUAGUUUUAGGGAGGAAAUGAAAUAAUGGAAAUUUGUAAUGGGUAGAAGUACAGAAAAUGUUCCUUCCCUUUGUUUUGAGUAGUUAAAAAUUGGAGUUUGCUUCAUUCCAGUUUCUACAACAUUUAUGUACUACCAAUCUUCCUCUUUCCUUUCUGACUCUCAAGUGUUUCACAAAAUCACUUCCACUAAUUUGAUUUGCCAUUGCUUCUCAGGGUUCAUAGAUCCUGGCAAGAAAAUUGUUAUAUCCUGGACAACAACAUUGUCUCCCACGUCUUCUUAUGCCUUCUAUUGAGUAUGAAAGAAUCAAAGUGGGUAGGAUAGUAGAACAGGAACGACUUAACCGAAGUGGCUAAGGAUGUCUGGAGAUAUUUUCUUUUUUUCCUUUGUGUUUUUUGAGGGCAGGGAGGGGUGGGGAGAGGAUUGGAAUUGUACAUGGUCGACCUAUGAAUGUAAAGUGUACACUUUACCGGAUUGGAUUAUUUUUUUUAGGCCUAAAUAUUUUUUUUUGUUCGUGUAAUUUUAA